GUGCUGGAUCCUCUCUUGCAUCAGCUUUUUCAAGUCGAUGGUUUCGAUUUCGAUUCGAAUUAUUAAUUUUGAUUCGAUUUGAUUCAAACUUAACCGUCCGUGGAAGUAACCCGUCACCUUCACCAACGCACACUUGACAAUGUCGAGAGCUGACAAAAGCUAUCUGAACGACAGCUUAGUCGAUAUCAGUUACCAUCAAGCUGCAGGAAGAUUUACUCGCAAACUUCUUCGUAAUGCAUCGGUUAUCACUGUCCGGCUUAUCUAUGAUAGAUACGUAUGCCUCUAAUCUCUCUCCGGCCAUGGGGAGUUUCUCCCUAUAAGACCCUGUCUCUCCCACUCUUCAUCCCUCCCCUCCAGUACCACAGCAGGGGAGAGGAAGAGAGGAAGGAAGCGAUGGGGAGGUGCAGCAGGGUGAGGCACGUGGUGUGGCUGCGGCAGAUUCUGCGGCGGUGGAAGGUGACGGCGGCGGCGGCGAUGACGUCGUCGAGGAGGAGGAGCGGGUGGGCGGCGCCGUCGGACGUGCCGUUAGGGCACGUGGCGGUGUGCGUGGGGAGCAGCUCGCGGCGGUUCGUCGUGCGGGUGACCCACCUCAACCACCCCGUGUUCCGGCAGCUGCUCCGCCAGGCCGAGGAGGAGUACGGCUUCCCGUCCCGCUCCGGCCCGGUCGCCCUCCCCUGCGACGAGUCCCUCUUCGAGGACGUCCUCUGCCUCAUCUCCUUCUCUUCUUCUUCUUCUUCUUCUUCCUCCUCCUCGAGAUUCGCCAACGGCAACCUGGAGGACUGUGACUUCAACAACAUCUGUUGAUUUGAUGGAUCGGAGAAGAAACGCUUCGCAUCUUCAUCAACUUUUCUUCACGGAUCCUUAUUGCUGGCAUUUCUUCUUCUUUGUAUGUCACCAUUAGUAUCUAAUUCUCUGGAUUCUUGGAUCAAUGAGAGACGGGCAGCUCAACCGUGCCACCCGUUGAAUCGGAUCACUCGCACAGCGUAGAGUCAUGACAUGUUCUUUCAACUCUACUCGAAGCUCACCAGUGUUCUGCAUUUUGUAUUCUACGGCUCUCUCUCUCGUAAAUAUUAUUGUUGUUAUUAUUAUUAGCAAUAUUUCUUUUAUUCUGCUUGAUGAUUA